GUGUGAAGCCCAUUUUUGGUGUUCCCCGAUGUGAUAUCGCUGGAAUAUUGCUAAAAUCGGCGUAAAACUAAACUCAUUCACUAUUUUCACUCCCACGUGUCUUGCAGUAGUUCUUGCAAGGUCAUUGUUUCCCCUCACGUGACAUGCGCCAUGCCGUGACCUGAAGAGCUGGAGCAGGCUCAAAGUCCGCAUUUCCACCGACAAUGUCUGGCUCUUUGGUCGAAGUGGAGUUCACUCCAGAUAACAUUGCCGUCAUUCACAUGAAGGGAGAGCACAACCGUUUUAAUGCAGAAUUCAUUGACGCUUACUGUGGUGCUCUUGACACGAUUGAGAGUAAUCCGUCAUGUCGGGCACUGAUAACAACGGGGAAAGGACGUUUCUUUAGUAAUGGCCUUGACCUCGAGUAUAUGAUGUCUUUAGAGGGAAGUGAGACGUCAAAAUGGAUGACCAGAGUCCAGGGCUUCCUCUACAGAGUCAUGACAUUUCCUAUGCCAACAGUUGCUGCCAUCAACGGUCAUGCGUUUGCAGGUGGUGGGUUUCUGGCUAUGUCGCACGACUUCAGGGUGAUGAAGAAAGGCCAAGGCUGGAUCAGCUGGAACGAGAUUUUCCUCAAGAUAAGGUUCUCUGAAUUCCUUCUGGAAAUAAUCAGGUGCAAGAUACCCCAGGGAUCUGCCCAGUUACAGGCUGCAGUUCUAGGCACAAGGUUCACUGCUGAAGAGGCGGCUAGGUACGGCAUCAUCGACCUCGCAACUGCACCGGAGACGCUGAUGCAAGAUGCAAUGACACUGGCGAAGAAAACAUUGGGACGUCAACCGUACGACCGCGUGACGCUUGGGCAGUUUAAAGCGGAUAUGUACAGUUCACUGAAAGAUAAAGUAACCGUUAGAAGACCUCGAUUGUAAACACAGAAAUGUUAGUCGCUCGGGACCAAAGAGGAAAAACUGUUGUAAACUUGGAAAACCGCUAAAUACACCCUUUAUAUCUAUUUUGUGUGUAGAUUGUUUGCCGUUUUGUUUUGUUGAGUGUGUGUGCACUUGUUUGGUCGGGACCAUAGAGGAACAUCUGUUGUAAACUUGAAAAACCGCUAACUUCACAUUUUUAUUUGUAUUGUGUGUAUGUAUGUGUGUACUUUUUGUUUUCUGUGCAUGGGUGUGAGUGUUUGGCCGGGAACUUAGAAAACUGGGUUGUAAACUUAGAAGAUCGAUUAAUACACACUUUCUGUUUAUAUGUGUGUGCGUGAACAUGUAUUCGGAUUAUUGUCUGGAUUUUGUAUAUAUGAAAUAUAUCGCAGUCAAGCAGUGAA